GGCACGUCUGCGCCGCCGCACCCGCAGCCACCGAUGGGGCGCGGCUAGUGGAGGCGAGCGUGCGAACUGAGCAUACGGGCGGCUGCGGAGGCGCAUGGAGCGCAAAGAAGGCCGCCUGGGAGCGGGGAGGAAGGAUGCGGGCCGAGAACUUUUCGGCCGCCUUGGAAGUAGGAGCUUUCGCGCCCGGAGGGACUCCCCCACAGCCGCCCAGCGAGAGGCGAGCGCGUGUGCCCGCCGCCCCUCCCCCACUUCCGCCUCCCGCCUCUUCCUCGUUCCCGGCUCCCAGGGCCAGUGCGUCCCGGGGGAGACCCGGCGGCGCAGCCCCACCCCGGCUGGUGGCUCGCUCCCACGCCCCCGCCGCUGUCUCGCCGGAGCGGACAGACUGAGUCAGCCGGGGCUCCGGCGCGGCAGGAGCUGCCAUGGACCCAAAUGCUCGGGCGUCCCUGGAGCGCCAGCAGCUCCGCCUGCGGGAGCGGCAGAAGUUCUUUGAGGACAUUUUACAGCCAGAGACAGAGUUCGUCUUCCCCCUGUCUCACCUGCAUCUUGAGGCUCAGAGACCCCCCAUAGGUAGCAUCUCAUCCAUGGAAGUAAAUGUGGACACCCUGGAGCAAGUGGAAUUGAUUGACCUUGGGGAUCAGGACGGAGCAGACGUGUUCUUGCCUUGCGAAGACCCCCCGCCAACCCCGCAGACGGCUGGGGUGGAUGGCCAUCCGGAGGAGCUGAGCCUGCCCAUGCGCACGCCAGACAGGACCACAUCCCGCACUUCUUCCUCCUCUUCUGACUCUUCCACCAGCCCGCACAGCCCAAGCCCCAGUGACGGCGGUGAAGACACACCCUUGGCACAGUCUGACGUGGAGGAGGAUGGGGGCGAGGGGGAUGCCGAGCCUGGAGCCUGCAGCUAGCAGCGGGCAUCCGCCUGUGGACUGACGGAGCUGGCUGUUCUCCACAGGAGACCCUAGGUCCGGCCAGAGCUCUUCGGAGAAGACCAGACUCUACUCGUAGUAGGCACCAGAGGGAGGAAGGGAUGGUGAGACGGCGCACCUCCCUGGGAGCUGGCCCUCUCCCGUGUGACCGCUGACCUUUUCCUGCUGCAACCCUCCCACUAGCUUUUGGCUUACCCCCGAGGUAGAGCUUGUAGGCGAGGAGGUGGAGAUGAGGUAGGACAGGAUGCCACUGCUUGUCUUAGCGCCCCUCCCCAGACUACCCUGCAGCCUCCUAACCGUCUCCUCCACCGGUGUCUCCCAAUGGGCGUGAACUCUUUAGCACCAAGUGAGGUGGUAACUCCAGCCAUCCUGCCUCCAUACGUCCCUUUUUGGAAUAGGGCACCGUAUCAAUAAUAAACAAAUAACAGCA